AUGGGACUCCCGGAAGAAGCCAAGGUGUGGACCCGCGAGCAAGUCGCAGCCCGCGUCCUCGCGGGGGACAACCUCUUCAUCCUCAACGGCUCCCUCAUCCGUGUCCCAGCUUCCUGGCUCACCGCACAUCCAGGCGGUCGCCUCUCCAUCUUGCACUAUACUGGCCGCGACGCAACGGAUGAAGUCGAGGCGUUCCACUCGGACGAGUCCCUCAAGAAGAUGCGCGGCUUCUCCAUCGGUCGCGUCGAGCUCGGGGAGCAAGGCUGGCUCCCGCUCGUCCCUCCGAUCGCGAACGGCUGGGUGCGUCGCGUAGGGAAAGACGGGAGGGCGGAGUGGUACAACGAGGCGACGCCGGUCCAGCCUCUGAAGGGCGCGAACGCCGCGGAGAUCCUGCUCGUCAGCAAAGACAAGGGGGUCUCUGCUCACACCGGUCCUACACUUGCCGACUUGGAGCCCUCGCCGAACCAUCUGUCGCUCAAGAACGAGAAAAUGAACCAGGACGUGUACAAAGAGAUGCACAAGCGCGUCAUAGAUGCCGGCCUCUAUAACACCCCAUACUUCACCGGCUAUGGCCCGGAGUUCGUCCGCUAUACCCUCCUCGCCGCGAUAUCUGCUUUCAGCUACUCCAAAGGCUGGUUCAUGUCCAGUGCCCUAUUCCUCGGAUUGUUCUGGCAGCAGCUCACGUUCUUUGCGCACGACCUUGGGCAUGUCGGUGUCACCCAUGAUUGGCUGAUGGACCGUCUCAUCUCCAUAUUCAUUGCGGAUCUGGUUGGUGGACUUAGUAUCGGCUGGUGGGUCCAUAAUCAUAAUGUACAUCAUUUGGUCACUAACCACCCCUCGCACGACCCGGACAUCCAACAUCUCCCCUUCUUGGCCAUCUCCCCCAAGUUCCUCAACUCCCUCUGGUCCUCCUACCACAAGCGCGAGAUGACGCUCGACGGCCCCGGCAAGUUCUUUGUCUCCGUCCAGCACAAGCUCUUCUACGUCGUCCUCGGCCUCGCCCGCUUCAACCUCUACGCCAACUCGUACGUCUACCUCGCCAAGACCGCCUUCGAGCCCCGCCGCUACCGCGGCGGCCGUUGGUGGUGGUGGGCCGAGGUCGUCUGCCUCGGCCUCUUCUUCACCUGGUUCGCCGCCCUCCUCCGCGGCUGCGGCACCUGGCCCCGCGCCCUCGCCUUCCUCCUCGUCAGCCACGUCGCCGCCGCCCCGGUGCACGUCCAGAUCGUGCUCUCCCACUUCUCCCGGUCCACCGACGAUCUGGGCCCCGUUGAGUCCUUCUUCGCGCGCCAGCUCCGCACGACCGUCGACGUGAUCUGCUCGCCCCUCAUCGAGUUCAUCCACGGCGGCCUCCACCUUCAGGUCACGCACCACCUCUUCCCUCGUCUUCCCCGCCACAACCUCCGGGCCGCGAGCCUGAUCGUGAAGGAGUACGCCAAGGAACGCGGGCUGGAGUACGCCGAGUUUGGUUUCGUCGAGGGCAACGGCGAGGUCCGCGGCGUCCUCAAGCAGGUCGCCGACCAAAUCAAAAUCAUCGGCAUGGUGGCGGAUUCCGAGGUCGAAUGGAUGUGUAUAGAACUAGCGUCGCCAGCUUCCUACAACAGAAUGCCGCGGCCGUAUUUACGCAACACGAAAUGA